GAAAAGGGCUGCUUGUUUUUGGUGCGAGACUAAUGCAGUCCAGGGACGAGAACCAAGAGCAAAGACCAAAACCCACUGGGACAAACGGGUGUCAGAAUGGCUCAGCCGUUACUAAAUGACCAGAGGAGCAUCCUUCUUAUUCCAAAUAAGGCUGAAAGGGAUUCACAAACUUCACUCAUAGCUGCAUGUUUCAACUUCAUCAACUCCAUAAUCGGAUCUGGAAUUAUAGGGUUACCGUAUGCUCUGAACCAGGCUGGAUUCCCUUUUGGACUCCUGCUGCUCAUCCUGGUGGCCUUCAUCACAGACUACUCCAUCAUUUUGCUGAUCAAAGGAGGGAACCUCUCAGGGACCAACACCUACCAGUCUCUGGUGCAGACCUCUUUCGGAUUUCCUGGCUUCAUCAUCGUUUCUGUGCUGCAGUUUCUGUAUCCUUUCAUCGCGAUGAUCAGCUACAGCAUCACGACGGGAGACACGCUAACUAAAGUGUUCCAGAGACUAUCAGGAGUCGAUCCAGACCACAUCCUCGCCAAUCGUUACUUUGUGAUCCUGCUGUCAACUGUGCUGUUCACGCUUCCGCUGUCCCUCUAUCGGAAUGUCCAAAGGCUCGGGAAGGUCUCUUUUCUCUCAAUGGUGCUCACUCUCUUCACUGUCAUCGCCGUCAUUAUCAGAGCAGCUUCGCUCGGACCUCAAAUCGCGCCGUCAGAGGACGCAUGGACAUUCGCCAAGUGGAACGCAGUGCAAGCCGUUGGUGUGAUGUCUUUCGCCUUCAUAUGUCACCACAACAGCUUCCUGAUCUACGGCUCACUGGCGCAGCCCACGCUGGCUAACUGGCAGCGGGUCACUCAUAUUUCUGUGGGCUCAGCGCUGGUCAUCAGUGCUGCCUUCGCUGUUGCAGGCUACAUGACCUUCACCGGGUACACGCAAGGGGACAUCUUUGAAAACUACUGUCGCGACGAUAACCUGGCUACUUUUGGACGACUGUGCUUCGGCCUCAGCAUUAUAACCACAUUUCCUCUUGAGUGCUUUGUGACACGAGAGGUUGUUUCAAAUGCACUUGGGCAGCGGGAACUUUCAAAUGUACAGCACAUGGCUGUCACAACAUUCAUCAUUGUGGCCUGCACGGCGAUGUCUUUGGCAUUUGACUGCCUGGGAGUCGUCCUGGAGUUGAACGGUGUGUUGAGUGCUACCCCUCUCAUCUUCAUCCUUCCAGCUGCCUGCUUCAUCAAACUCAAUGGCGGGCGGUUGUUUCAGAAGGCAAAUGUCAUGCCCAUCAUGUUGAUUGUACUUGGCGUUUUUGUCAUGAUCACAGGGUUGACCAUGGCUGGCCUGAACACCCAGGACUGUUCUCACGGCGUUGAGAUGUUUUACUGUGCUGAUGCCAAUGUCUCUGCCACCUUAGGUCCUGUAUGACAUAUGUCAUCUGCUACCUCUUCUUGUCCUACUGUACAUUGAUCGAUCAUUUACUGUAUCCAUGAACUUCAUUGACCGCCAACAAUUUUGUCUCCUCUUCAUCCGUGCCGAACUCUGCUUCCAAUAUUUGUUUCCAGUCACACUGUAGGUCGAACUACACUCCUAUCAAACUUCCUGUUAACUAUACUGCUGUUUGCUACUCAUCUGUCACAGAUCGACCGUGACAGUCGUCUCCACCUGAUCAACCCUGCCUGCACUCUC